AUGCAGGAGGUCAUCGCUGGGUUGGAGAAGUUCACCUUUGACCUGGAGAAGGAUGUGGAAGGUCAGAGGGGGUCCUUUGCGCUGCCCUUCCCUGGCAUGGACAGUACAAUGUGUCCGUUCCGUCACCUGACCGGGGAGAAGACGGUGGUCUGCAAACACUGGCUGAGGGGGCUGUGCAAGAAGGGGGACCAGUGCGAGUUCCUGCACGAGUACGACAUGGAGCGCAUGCCCGAGUGCUACUUCUACUCCAAGUUUGGGGAAUGCAGCAACAAGGACUGUCCUUUCCUGCACAUCGACCCAGCAUCCAAAAUCAAGGACUGCCCGUGGUACGACCGAGGCUUCUGCAAACACG